AUGACGAACAAAACCAUACAGCACCUCCUUCGCCGCAUAACUGCUCUAUUGCGUAACCGAAUCCUGAACUCCGCCUCAUCAUUUUGGAAUAAAUUCUGGAGUUUUAUUCUGGGUCAUAUAAAGCGGCGUCCGCGUCGACCGGGCUCUGGCCAAACUCUUCCACACCGCAAAAAUGGAGGGACUAAGACCGUCCCACUAGGAGAAUCAUGUUGGGUCGCACCAUCGACCCUUCCAUUUGGUCUGAAUUUCACAAGACAGACUCAUGAGGCUUACCUUGGCUCGAACUCUCUUAACUUCGACAGUCGAGCGACAGAGUUUUCUACAGGCGUUUGGGCGGAUGAGCCUGAAGAGUCGGAUACGACACUGACUGAAGAUAUCGCAGAUAACUACUCCAUUCAAUACGCCGAUUUCCAAUCCAUAAAUCAUACGCCCGAAAUGAUCACGAACCUAUCUUUGACAUCCAAGUCUGAAAUAGCCGCAGUCAUCUACCCCACAAUGCCAUCCAAGUUGCCACGGUACAAGCGGGAGUGGGUGUAUGAUCCGGACAAAUCCCCGCGUCACAAGUUAAAGCCGUUGCAACACGAUUUCUCUGACGGUGAGCUACCCGCGGGAUGGGAGCAAUUCAUCCACCCAGAAGGCGGGCCUUUUUUCUGGAAUAGAGAACAGAGAAUCGUUACGGACGCCUGGCUCUAUGAUCGUGAAAUUUUCCGGGUUCUGACUGAAUUUAUCACGCAAAUUGAUGAAUUUGUUCGGUCUCGUAACUUGGAAAAGAGCAAUGAUGUCGAUCUCGUUUUAGACGUUGUCCAUGCAGAUGGCGAGUGGUGGUGUGGAUAUUAUUUUGUUCAGCAUUCGAGCCGCUUGCUAUUCUGGUUAGAGUCAUAUAGCGUCAGCGAAUUUCUGAACGAAGUCAAGGGAGACUUGUCUCCCUCUCAUGUCGAACUUCAAUUGCAGUGUCAAUACUGGAACCAUUGGUCAUUGUUUCCCAAUGUUAUACGCUCCACCUCCGAAGUCAUGAAUCUGUUGACGGAUGUCAUCAGGGAUGCUCAGACAGACCUCCUCACGUCCGAGGAGUCGACGAUUAAUUUAACUCCAGAAAAACUUAGAGGCAUGAUGGGAAUUGUGAAUGACGCUAAAGCCGCCAUGAAUCAAGGAGAAAAUUGUUCCACGUGGUUUGUCGGUCGAUUCAUGGGCCUCUUCUGGGAAGAUCGUUUCCGUAAUUUCUACGGUCAACGCGGUGCACGGCUUUCACGAAAACAAUCAAUCCAUGGUCGGCCCCCAAGCAGCAAGCCCACGUCCUAUCUUUUCAGAAUUUUAUCCCCUAUCUUGUUCUGCGCUCCUGACGUGCAUCUCAUGACGAUGGAGGAAUUAUGGGUGGAUAAGCUCACCGCCUUGCAUUGCUGGACCGAAUUAUUCAACAAGCUCAACCAAGAAUGGAUGGGACAUACCGUCUAUGCCUCUAUUCUACUGAAUGCAAAUGUUGCAUUUUUGGCUAUUCCUAGCAACGAUCCGACCGUUACGCUCCAAGGCUCUCCUGUUGAAAUCGCAAGCUUCUUGUCCAUUGUCACUAGUGUUGCAAGUAUCAUGCUUGGGCUUCUCCUAUGUCGCCAACACCAAACCCGAGAACGUGCGACUGUUGAAGAAGUGUAUUCGUUCCUCUCUAAAAGAAACCAUCCGACUCGCGGCCUUGAAACACUCUCAAUUAUGUAUAGCCUUCCGUACGCAUUGCUUAUGUGGGGCAUGGUAACGUUCUUACUGGCUUUCUCCAUCAUGUGUUUCCAGAACACGAACGCACCAGCACGUUAUAUUGUCGGGGUGGCCUGGGUUCUAAAUGCCGUUUUGGUGGCUUGGUGCAUUCGUAUGUCAUGGGAGGAGACAGAAAAUCGCUGGUGGUCACUAUACAAGGGUAUUUGGGAAAAGUUUGUGGAAGGAGCACACUCCCUGGUUCCUGCACGAUGCCAAGCCAGCGACAGCCACGAAUCCGUUAGUGGCGACGAAGGGGCUUGUGUGGUUGAAAGCACCCCAUCGACGAUGAAAGUCAAGCCAAGUUGGUUUAGGAGACUUAAACCUCAAAGCUCUCAACCCGCUGUUUGA